AUGCCAUUGUCUCCGUAUGGCGCCAACACUUCUACCCCGCAUCAGCAUGUGAAACAAAUUGGUCGUUCCAGCCCCGCUUCAUCUCGGCCUCCAUCGCUCGCGCACACACAGCCCAUCAUGGCGUCCAACGGUAGCGUUCACUAUCACGCUGCCUCGCCAUCUGCGGCUGUUGAUAGGAACAAGCAAAUGGCGUCCUCCCCUCACAAGCUCAUGAUAGGAGUUCCACCAGCAGCUACUCCAAACCUCUCGUCUGUAUCAAACGGCGUUCACGAUACCAGGCAGUCAAAUGGCAUCGCUAGCAGCACCACCACUACUGCUGCAGCCGCUGAUGUAAAAGGUAAACAGAAGGAGGUCGACCCUAUCGAGGCCAUUCCUCUCGCCCAGCUAGAGCAGGAGCUGCCCCUCGAAGAGGCCGAUCUCGUCUCACUUGCUGCCCUCGUCGAGCGACUCGCCAACUUUGGCUACGAGUCGCUUCAGAAUCUCGCCGAGACGCUCCCGUCGUUGCCAUCUUCAUCCAAACGUGCAAAGAUUUUCAACACAGCUCUCGAUGUCCGCAAACAGUUUAUCAAGCUUCUUGUACUCGCACGCUGGUCAAAAGAUGUCGCUGAUCUCAACAAGUCGAGAAACAUCAUCGCACUCCUCUCCGAACAGCAAUGGCAGCACGAGGACGUCUUUGCCGGUCUCACCGACAUUCGCAAGAUCUUGCCCAACGCACGCAUGAGGAAUGCCGACCUCCCAACAGCCAUCGAUGUCCUGCAAACCGGCUCCUAUCGAAGACUUCCUGCCAGCAUCAAGGACAUGGCCGUCGCGCCGAAACCUUUCACCGACCAACAAGCGCUAGCCAUCGUCACGCGGCUCGAAGAUGCCCUCCGCACCCGCAUGGCCUGCCGCGAGCUCGUUCCUGCGCCUCUGUCCAAUUACUCCAUUCACGACGGCAAGGUGCACUUCCACGUCCCUGACUUUUUUGAUGCCCAGCUUGCAGCAAGCGGUGCAGGGCAGGACGAGACAGUCAAUCAUCGCUCCGAUGAGCCGACACCACCUUCAUCUGACGAUAGGUGGUGGCUGCUCGAUCUCAGCUUUGACUUUACCCCAACAGGCUCCUGCGCCGAGUCGAGUCGAAAGUCCUUCCCACGCAAGCCAAAGAGAGCAUUCCGGGAACGUCUCCGUGUGUGGGGAGAUCGAGAGCUUGCACCUAGAGCGCAAAGCGAAAGCAACGACGAGUCCAAGUCGGUGCCGCUUGAAACAGGUGCCACAGAGAUCGAGGUGGGAGCGGAUGCGCAGGAUGCGGUCGAAAAGACAACCGCCUUGAUCGAGGGCAAGGACUCGGACAUUCCAAAAGACAUAGACAAGGAUGAUUUGGCCACUGUCAAGCACACGGUCGAGCGCGACGCACCCCUUGCCAGAUUAUUUGCAUUCUUGCAAGAGCGAUCUCUGCACUACCAGAUGGAUGUUCUACAACAUCAAGCCUUCGAGCUUUGUCGACUCAACUGGGGUACCAACCUCCGCAUCGAGACGGGAGAGCGUCCGAGGAGGCUCACCGUCUAUUACUGGACCCAGGCUCAGGGCGCAGCUGGCGCAAAAGGACGCGCAGAGGGUCCUGCUGCUGGAGGCAGCGUUCAAAUCACUAUCGUGGAUCUCCCGGAUCAGCCAGGCGCCAAAAAGGCUCUCGCCGCAAUGUUCGACGAGGGGGACGAGGAGUCAAGCAAAGCAAAUGAAACGGCCAGCCUCAUCACCGUCAAGCGAAGGGGGCUCCAGGUCACCUGGAAUGCCGAGAAGAGCAUCCUCGCUGAUUCCGAGACACACGACCUCGCCGUAUCGUCCAGCAGUCUGGACAUCGAGUCUCUGCUAAGCUUGGUCAUCAAGCGCCAUACCCUGGCGUUGUUGCGCAACCUGCACCGUCGCAUCCUCGUCAGCGAGCAUCCAGUCUCUCGCCUGCUCCGCCCGGAGGAUUGCACUCUUUCAGAAGAGCAUUCUCAGAGGCAAGGCGACGAGUUCUCCACAGCUACAGAGAUGACCAGCUUCAGUUUCCUGCAGAUAGCGUUGCAAGGCAGCCACCAUCAGCGCGGCGCCAAGCUCAAGCAGCGCUCGACCUCGUCCGUUCCUGCACUUCGCCUCAGCGUUGAUCCAGUGACCGGACGCUUGCUUCUCCACUCGGAAACGACCCGGUCCACGACGGACCAGGAUACACAAAUGCUGUCUCGGCAAGCGGCUGGCUUCACAGCGUCGAUCUUGACAACGCGUGCCACCUACUCUCGUCUGACCGAAGCAUCCGACCGCAUCAACGAAUCGAUCGAAGCCGUCUUUGACGUUCUGUACAAGCUCGAAGUGUUUGCUCGUGUCGAAGAGUGGGAACGUAUGUCAUCCCAUCUUGGUCUUCGCGCCGUUCGCAAGCUCGCUUUACGGCCGCAGGACUUGGCCAAGUUUGGCCCUUCGGUGUCGACAUCACCAGAGGCAGUGCCCCGACUCUUCGUGCCGCUGCGCAACAGCUUUCCCGGCUACUUUCUGGCUUUGCAGCCUUCCGAAUUGGCUGGCGUCGGCAUUGCUCUGGUCUACAUUGCGCAGACCUUGGAUGCGACGGGCGUUCCAUCUCUCGCUCUGCAGUCGAUCGAAUGGCUAGACAGGUCCAAGAUCGCCGCUGCUGCGUCCGAAGCCGGACGUGACAACGACAUCGAUGCCGGAACAAUGAAUCGUGAAGAUGGACGAAAGCGCAAGGGGGCGCCAAGCAUUUCGGCUCGACAGAGCGACCCCGAUCUCGUACAGAAGAAUCUGACCACGGAAGAGCUCGCAGACGUCCACUCGUACUGUAUCGCUCUUGUUUCUUACUUCCGUGUCGAGCAGCAGCUGCGUUUGCGCGGAAUCCCAUAUCUGCACGUUGGCAGCAACACUUUGCGGUCGUCCCCACCCGCCAAACUGCAAAAGCGACGACGUUCUGCUGAUAGAGCGGUUCAAGCCGCAGAGGCCCGCGAUGACGGCCUCUUUGACGACGAUGGUAAUUUCGAUGCCGCCGCGGCUCUACACGCGAUGGCGGACGUCACUCCUGCCCACAGCGACGAUGAGGCCACCCAGGGAGGUGAAAGAAACGGUGUUGCGGCGCUUGUGCCAUCACUCUGUCUUCGUGCCGCAGAUCUACUUGGUCCGGCCAAAGCGCACCUCGCAAAGCCCAACGUCUCGCUACGCGUACGCAACUGGGACGACAGCGACAGGUCUUGCGUUCAAAUGCGCAUAAAGUUGCGCAUGAAGUCACGUCGGUUUAGAUCGCUGCACGAGGUGGUGUCGCUCGCCCCUACCGCCGACCAACAUUCUAGCUCUGCGCUGACCUGGAUCGACUUUGACAGCGAGACAUCGCUGCUGACACUGUCUACUCGCGAUCUGGACAACUGCAUCCUCACUCUCUACACGCAAUGGGAGCGGGCCAUGCGAAUGGUGCUGAUCACGCGCGAGGUGCUCAAUGCCAGUCGAGCGUGGCAGCAACGUGCGCUGCGCUCCCGAGUCAGCUGCAAGAAGCCUGCUGAACGGGUCGAGCUCCGAUGCUUUGACUUUGACAAGGUCAUAUUCUCGUACGGGAACACCGUCGUGAACGGCUCGGAGUGCAAGCUGUUGGUGAGAGUGCGAUGGCAGGAUGCAAAGAUGGAAAUACAGCCCUUCACCAAUUUGACGACAACGCAGAUGGGUGGCUACAUUUUGGAGUUUGGUUCGAUUCCAACGGCAGGUUUAGACGUCUUCGAUAGGGAUGCAGCACAGAGGGUCAAAGACUCUCCAAACUGGUUCGACGACGCCCACGCUUCGGCCAACCCACACAACGCCAUGGCGUUCGAGCUGAGACGCACCGUCAACGUAGCGGCCCGUUCAGCCGCGAUCCAUUCCGUGGUCCAACCGCAGUCGGAACGCAUGGUUUGGAAAGGCUUCUUCCAGCUAUUGCAGGACACACUGCCACUGGCACGCGAAAUGGCGCCGCUAGUCGAAAGAUGCUUGACGGACGCGGACGUGCCCGAGGUAGAGAUCAAAGGCGCUACAUGGUUCAGGCUGCGUUUCAAGGAUCGCUUUGCGGUGGACCUGAGGAUGGCGACUCGAUCAAGGCUGAUUGUGUCGGAUGCUUCGCGGCCGCUGUUUCGUAGCGAGAUACAAAAGCAGGAUGGCGACGCAGUCAGCCCGGACGCGGGUGCAAACGCGGAGACGGGCUUGUUUGCGGGCUCGGAACUGCUCAACGGCUUGCUAGCAGGGAAAGCGGUUGCGAACACCGCCGAGGGCGAGGAUUCGAAGGCAUCGCAAAAGCCCCGCAUCUCUGCUGCCAUGUCGAACGAAGCCACGCUCACAGGAAGGCAGUUCCAGCCGAUACCCAACAUCGAGCAGGUCUUGCGCAAGGUCCAAGCCGGCAUCCAGACCGCAUCGUCGGCACGCGGCGCAGCGGCAGUAUGGGAUCUCCGACGAGCGCUGCUUAUCUCGCUUGCGCCGUUUACAUCGCCAAAUUUGGCGGGGCAGCCUUCAAGUGCGAAGGGAGGCAAUGGUGUUUUGGGUAAUCUCAUCUCAUCCCUGGUGGAAUGUGUUUCUGCCGAGAUCGGGAGCGGUAGCAGUGGUGGAGAUCAGUCGUAG